AUGAAAAACAUUAUUAUUGUUAUAUUGGCUUUAAUUACUUUUCUUGGUGUACGUUCAGAUCCGUUGAAUGAGUUUAGCGGAGAUGUAGACUAUUAUGAUCUUGGUGGAAUGGGCCGAGGCAAAAAUGCUGGUUCUUGGCAACACUCUUAUGAAGGUGGAUAUGAUAUAUUUUAUUACCUUGCAAUGCAACCUUGGAGACAUUUUGUAUGGACCAGAAAAGAAGGAGAUACUUGGGUAAAGAAGAUAAUGAAUGAAGACAACAACGUCAACUCAUUCACCAAUUUGGAUUCUCAACCUUCACAGGACUUUUGUCAAAAAGAGUACGGUUAUCCCAUUCAAAAAUUUGAAAUAGAUUGGAUGGCAAACCCCACAGACACUUCACAUUUGAAAGCAGUGAAUGUAAAUGGAAUAGUGUGUUACCAGUAUACUGCAAAAAGUCCUCUUGCUUAUGUUUUGUUGAGUAAAAAACUAAAUUAUGACACACGAAAUGAACUCUAUGAU